UUAAUAUAAUUGCCCGUUCAGAGCUCUCCUGCGCAAAGCAAGCGGCAUUUAGAUCCUCCAUCCAUCAUCCCCUUCUCCUUGUAUGUACCUCCAACGGUGACAGCAUCGAAGAGGGGAAGAUUAGAUCGGGCGCGAUGGAUCCCUCCGUCACCUCUCCGUCUUUCUCCUCAUCCGCCUCGUCUUCCUCCUGGUUCGCGGGCAUUGUCCGCGGCCGCUCGAUCAAGUCCAGCUCCGGCGGCGGCGCUCCCUCGAUCCCCGUGUCCACCGAUGGGGUUGGCCCGGGGAGUCGUAAGAACCAGCUCCGUGGUACUCUGUUCAAGUACGGCCCCAAGCCUAUUCAGGUUGCUUUCAAAACUGGUGAGUUCAACCAACAAGUCAUUUUUGUUGGUGGUUUGACAGAUGGAUUAUUGGCAACUGAAUACUUGGAACCUUUAUCUAUUGAGUUGGAAAAUGCAAAAUGGUCCCUGGUGCAACCUUUGCUGUCUUCAUCAUAUAUUGGAUAUGGCACUUCCAGCUUAGAUCAAGACUCCUUAGAGCUGGAUCAGUUAAUUGGUUACUUGAUAAAUAAGGAAAACUCUGAGGGUGUUGUGCUGCUUGGGCACAGUACUGGUUGCCAGGAUAUUGUGCAUUACUUAAGGACAAAUUUGGCAUGCUCCAAAGCAGUUCGUGGAGUAAUUUUGCAGGCCCCAGUCAGUGACCGAGAAUAUCUAGCCACUCUGCCUGAAACUGCUGAAAUGAUAGAUUUGGCAGCAACAAUGAUUGGUGAAGGUAGGGGAAUGGAACUAAUGCCACGGGAAGCAAAUCCAGAUGCGCCAAUAACUUCAUACAGGUACCACUCCCUUUGUGCUUACAUGGGAGAUGAUGACAUGUUCAGCUCAGAUCUCAGUGAUGACCAGUUGAGGUUGAGACUUGGUCACAUGUCAAGUACCCCGUGCCAGGUUAUUUUCUCCAUGGCUGAUGAAUAUGUGCCGGACUAUGUAGAUAAGAAAGCACUGGUAGAACGACUCUGUCGAGCACUGGGUGGUGCAGAAAAGGUCGAAAUCGAUUGGGGAAAUCAUGGUCUCUCCAAUAGAGUUCAAGAGGCUGUCCAAGCCAUCAUGGACUUUGUUAAGAGGGAGGGACCAAAAGGAUGGGAUGAUCCCUGGAGCUAGCAAGCGUUUUAUUCAUCGUCAUCUUGUUUCUUUCUUUCUUCGAUUUUUUUCCCAAUAUGUUUUGUAACAUGCUCUCCAAUUUUAGAGUUCCCUGUUAUAAAUUAUUACCGAGUUUUAUAGUUAAAUUGUGAAUAUAUUUGUCAUGCUGCGUGUAUUUGAUUGUAUGACUAGAAAUCUUAUUCUAGUUUCAAUGUAUUUAUGUAUUUAUUGGAUCUUUUGGUAUCAAACG